AUGUCUUCGUGCAAAGCUAUCGGUAUCGACCUUGGUACCACGUAUUCGUGUGUCGGAGUCUACCAAAACGGAAAGGUAAGUGAACUAUUACAAUUAUUCCGAGUUUUUACAAAUGUUUAUUUCCAGGUUGAAAUCCUUGCAAAUUCGGAAGGAAACAAGACCACUCCGUCGUACGUCGCGUUCACAGACACAGAAAGACUUGUCGGAGAUGCGGCCAAAGACCAGGCUGCUCGAAAUCCGGAGAACACUGUGUUCGAUGCGAAGCGACUGAUUGGCAGACGAUAUGAUGAAGCAACAGUACAGGCCGACAUGAAACACUUUCCGUUCGCAGUCAAGUCAAAACAAGGAAAACCAGUGAUCGAGGUGGAACUGAAAGGAGAACGGAAACAGUUCAAUCCGGAGGAGAUAUCUGCAAUGGUGCUGCAAAAGAUGAAGGAGACUGCAGAGACGUACUUGGGACACGCAGUCCAAAAUGCGGUCAUCACCGUUCCCGCUUACUUCAACGACAGUCAGAGACAAGCGACGAAAGAUGCAGCCACGAUUGCCGGUCUCAACGCGAUCCGCAUCAUCAAUGAGCCAACAGCCGCUGCUCUCGCUUACGGACUCGACAAAGGAAUUAGCGAGGAGAAGAACGUGCUCAUUUUCGAUCUUGGAGGAGGAACAUUCGACGUUUCUAUCCUAACAAUUGCCGAAGGAUCCAUCUUCGAAGUGAAGUCAACGGCAGGAGACACUCAUCUCGGAGGAGAAGACUUCGACCAACGUAUGCUGCAGCACUUCAUGACAGAGUUCAAGAGAAAGACCGGCAAAGACAUCUCAUCCAAUCCACGUGCCAUCCGACGACUCCGAACUGCGUGCGAACGGGCUAAGAGGACCCUUUCAAGUUCAUCGGAAGCCACAGUUGAAGUGGAUUCACUGUUCGAAGGAAUCGAUCUGUGCUCAAAGAUGACUCGUGCUCGUUUUGAAGAACUCUGUGCUGACUUGUUCCGCAAGACUCUGGAACCAGUCGAGAAGGCUCUCCGUGAUGCUAAACUGGACAAAUCGAAGAUUGACGAGAUCGUUCUUGUCGGUGGAUCAACUCGUGUGCCGAAAAUCCAAAAACUGCUCAAGGACUUCUUUAAUGGAAAGGUAAGUUGCACAAUUUUGUUACUUUGAACCAGCACUAAUUUGUCGUUUUCAGGAAUUGAACUGCUCAAUCAAUCCAGAUGAAGCUGUUGCUUUCGGAGCUGCUGUACAGGCGGCUGUUCUGACUGGAAUCCAAGACAACACCAUCAAAGACGUUCUUCUCGUCGACGUAGCUCCGUUGAGUCUCGGAAUCGAAACUGCCGGAGGAGUGAUGACUAAUCUGAUCGACCGAAACACGCGCAUCCCAACAAAGGCGUGCAAGACGUUCUCCACGUAUGCAGACAAUCAACCGGGCGUCUCGAUCCAAGUGUUCGAGGGGGAACGUGCCAUGACUCGCGACAACCACCGUCUUGGCACUUUCGAAUUGACCGGAAUUCCUCCUGCUCCACGCGGAGUUCCUCAAAUUGAAGUCACUUUUGACAUCGAUGCGAAUGGAAUUCUGAAUGUAUCCGCGGAGGACAAGUCCACUGGAAAGUCGAACAGAAUUACGAUCCGCAACGAGAAAGGCCGCCUUUCCCAGUCGGACAUUGACCGGAUGGUGAACGAGGCGAAGCAGUUUGAGCGGGAAGAUGCGGAGCAACGGGAGCGGGUGUCUGCCAGAAACCAGUUGGAAGCGUACGCAUUCCAAGUGAAGCAGGCUCUGGACGAGCACGGAUCGAAACUGCCAGCAGACGAUGCCCGACGUGCAAAAGAGGCUGUUGAGAACACAAUCCGUUGGAUGGAGGCGAACUCGCUGGCCGAGAAGGACGAGAUCGAGGCGAAGAACAGCGAGCUGAAGACGGUGUGCCAGGCAGUCCUCACCAAACUCCAUCAAUCUGGCCAACAGUCUGCUUCUGGAUGCGGAACUCCCGGAUCGGCUGGAUUCAACCCCAGCAACUACCCACAAGGACCAACUGUGGAGGAAGUCGACUAA